AUGUCGGCUUUAACUGAUGUACGAGAACAUCGAACGCAUACUGAAGAGGGCAACCUUGUUCGAAAGCCCACAAUUACGAUAAACCGUUCCAGAUCACUUCCAGCAGAAUCGACCGAAACUCCGUUGGCCCACAUAUCGCCAACAAAAUAUUUAUCCAUCGACGACAAGAAUGAAAUCAAAAUACUUUCUAUAUUUUCCGCCUUCAAGGAGGGCAAACUGCCUUCUAAUGAACAAAUCAAGCGAUUCCUGAAUAAGGUUCUGAACAUAAUGAGGAAAGAAAAGAAAAAGCAGAGACUAUCGGGAGAAGGCAGAGAAUUGAUGGAAGAGUUUAAAGGGCUCGUUAGAGUCACGAUGGACGUGAUAUCACGAAAGAAUGCCGAUGAGGAUUUUCAAGAACUUGUUUGGUGUCUUACUGAGGCUGCAAAGAAGAAUGUUGGUACUACAAGUGAAGGAGGAGCCAGCGUUGAUGCGAACGUCAUGCAGGAAGCUCGAAAGGGCGUCGACUCAUUAUGGACGAUUACACAGCUUUUAACCACAAACAACGAAUUUAGACAACUUCUUCGCGAUCUUGUAAUCAUCAUCCGAGACAUGUUUGCCGACUUGACCAGUACAAUUAGACCACCCGAACACGAAGUCAAACGCGCUUAUAAUGAAACUGACCGUCAUAAGGAUAUCGGCCGGAGAGAUCAGUCGGACAUCCGUUCCUCUGGUUACAGCAGCACAGUUGGUCGGAAAGAUGAAUCGAUGGGCUACAGUAGUAGUACCUCACCGACCCAUGAAGAUGAAUACGGCAACAGGGAAGAAUCGGACUACGAGAAUGACCCAAGAAGUCCAGAGGGGCAACGUCCCGCUUACGUGGCGGAAGCUCACGAAUUCGAAGCCACUGGUGAUUGUAAUAAUCAAAAGGCGAAGCCUUUGGACAAACUUAAACAACGUCUUCCGGAAAAGCAUAGACAUAGGGUUGAUAAGGGUGCCGCCAUUGUUAGUGACAAGCUAUCAGGAGAUAGGAGAUCUGCAUUGAUUAGGCGGCUUUUUAAAGUAAUCACCACAGUGCAGAGACAUGAUCAAUAUCAGCAAGCUGUUGAAGACGUUUUCGACAUCCUUGCUACUUGGGGUGAGCGUGCUUCUACGUACAAGGAAGAUAUUGCUUCCAAGAAAGAUGCCGUUGAAGAAGAUCCUGAUUGGGUAGCAGCGCGAGCACAUUUGAAGCGCUUGGCCCAAUCACUUGCUGCAAAGUCCCUUGACCCGCUGGAACAAGCAUUUUCUGACUUGAUGAAAGAAGUACGCGAAGACGCCGAUCUCAGAGGAUACUUUGAAGAGAUAAACGUAUACGUAAAAAGUCUUCUUAAAGAACCGGGUUACAUUGAAAAACAAGAGAGUGUAGAUCGUGGCCGCGAGUUAAUGGAUCGUGGUCAAUUUUUGAACGACAGGCACAGAAAUACCAUACAGCGCGUAAUCGAUGAGUUGGUUAAUUAUACCGAAGCAUUGGCUAACGAUCCUCUGAUGCAUGAGCUUGGAGAGAGGGUCUCGAGAGUAUUUAGCCUUUUGUUACUCGACAGGCAUGGCAGAAUUGUGUUUAAACCGCACAUCAUCAUAGACUUCCGAACGACGUUUAUUCCAUUGAUUCUCAAUAACGUAAACAAUAUUCCGAUACCUCGUAUUGAAUUUACAGACAAUGACUUUGACGUGGUGGUUGAAAAUCUGGUCUUGAACAGUCCUAGCAGCUUUGUACCGAAUCUUAUUGAACUGGAGGCAAGUAAUCGUAACUUCCUUUCGUUACAUAACGCUGAUGAAGUUCGUGAUAAACGCGAACAUACAUGUAUGUUCAAUGUUAAGGGUAUUCAUGCAGAAGCAAGCAAGGUUUGCUUCUAUUACAAAAAGAAGACGGGAUUCCCCCACAUUAAGGACUAUGGUCUCGUAGAUGUAUCUAUUCGUAAUCGUGGAAUAUCCAUUACUGGCAAACUCGUUUUCGCCAAUGAUGAUAAGGAACACGUAUACAGAGUCGAAGAAGUCAAAUGCACAGUUAACGACCUGUAUGUCGACAUCAAAGGCAAACGACACGAUUUCCUUUACUUUGCUUUCCACCCGGUGUUGGUGAGACUGAUGAAACAGCAAAUAGCUCGUAACAUCGAGGACGCCGUAUCCAGACGCCUCCAAUCGAUCGAUCAAAGCAUGAAAGGUACAUUCCAGUCACUGAGAAACAAGACUCUCGAUAACGACAAGUUGGGACGAAAAAGAAGUUCGUGGUUGGGUGGAAUGUUAAAGAGACAUUCGUCGUAUGGAACGAGAUCGUCGGCGUCCGCAGAUAGCGAUGCGAGUGAAGAAGAGACAAAUGUGAGCAGUGGGGCUGGCCAAACGUAUGAAGGUCAUCAUGACUACAACAAAGUAGAUGAGACUCGCAGCGGUGAAAAGGGAAAGUGGAGAGACACGUCGUUUAAUUUGGUUUGA